AAAAAUAAAAAUACAAAAAAUACAGCUUCUUAAAAUUAUUAAAUAAAAUGAUACACACGCGUUAAUUCUUUCUCUUCAACUCCGUAAAUCUCUCUCUCUCUCUCUCCGCCCACACCAGGAGAGAGAACAGACCCAUCACCGCCGGCAACCAUCUCCGGCAAACCUCAAUCCCUUGACAUGAUUAACAAUUCCGUCAUCCUUCUCCAUCUUCCUUAAUCCAUUUGAUGCGACGAUUGAAUGCUCGAAAUCGGGUCGAUUCAAAUCCAAAGCAAAUGGAUCCAACGGUGAAAAAGCUCCAAAUCCGUUCCACAAAUCUCUUCGCUCGUAACAACAAUAACAAUUCAAAAUGUUUCUUUUUCAAUAACGCUUUCAUCGCUUCUCUCUUUUUCUCAUUCCUCCUCGUUUUCUCGUAUUACACUUUUUUUAGUUCUCCGUUGACCGGAACCGGUUUCCGGUACCGGAUUAUUAUCGACGGUGGAAGUACGGGAACUAGGGUUCAUUUAUUUAAAUAUAAGGUUAAAAAUGCGUUGGAUUUUGGGAAAAAAGGGUUGGAUUCGAUGAGAGUGAAUCCGGGUUUAUCAUCGUUUGCGGAGGAUCCGGAUGGAGCGGGUAGGUCAGUUUUGGAGCUGGUGGAGUUUGCGAAAAAUCGGAUCCCGAAGGAGAGCUGGAAGGAGACGGAGAUUCGGCUUAUGGCUACGGCUGGGAUGAGGAUGUUGGAUGUUGAAGUGCAGGAGAAGAUUCUAGAUUCUUGUAGGAAGGUUUUGCGUUCUUCUGGAUUCAAGUUUAGUGAUAAUUGGGCUUCUGUGAUAACAGGUUCUGAUGAAGGAGUGUAUGCUUGGGUUGUUGCUAAUUAUGCACUGGGAACUCUUGGAGGUGAUCCUUCGGAGACAACUGGGAUUAUUGAACUUGGUGGUGCUUCUGCUCAGGUAACCUUUGUAUCAAGAGAAGCAAUGCUGCCUUUGUUCUCACGCACUGUUAAAUUUCGGAAUGUCACUUACAACCUUUACAGCCACAGCUUGCUUCAUUUUGGCCUGAAUGUUGCUCAUGACUCAUGGAGAGAAGCACUUAUAUCAGGAGAUUUAAACUUGGCUUCUCAAUAUAUUCAGAAGGGAUUGCACAUAGAUCCUUGUACUCCUGCAGGGUACUCUUAUAAUGUUGAUUCAUGGAAGUCCUCUCCUAGCUCACACAGUGAAAAAAGCCAAUAUCAGCCCACUGUCCAAACAAGGGGAAACUUUUCAGAGUGCAGAUCUGCAGCAUUGAUGCUAUUACAAAAAGGGAAAGAAUCAUGUUCUUAUCAGCAUUGCGACAUUGGAUCAAAUUUUAUACCUAAGCUUCAGGGGAAAUUUUUGGCUACAGAAAAUUUCUUUCACACAUCUAAGUUUUUUGGGUUGGGGCCACAUGCUUAUCUGUCCAAGUUGAUGACUGCUGGGCAAGAAUACUGUGGAGAGGAUUGGUCAAAGCUGAAGAAAAAAUAUAUCUCCCACGAUAAGGAAGAUUUACUUCGACAUUGCUUCUCUUCAGCGUACAUUGUUGCUCUGCUUCAUGACAGUCUUGGGAUUGGUAUGGAUGAUGAGAGGAUCAAAGUUGCUAGUCAGGUGGGAAGUAUUCCGCUCGAUUGGGCUUUGGGAGCUUUUAUUAUGCAAACUACAGCUGAUGCAGAUCCACAGAACCAUAACUGGAUUGCCGCCAUUUUCAGCAAUGAAUCACCCACUCUCUUCUCACUGCUUGGAAUUUUUAUAAUAUUGUUGUUUACAGCAUGGUCUAUAUCUAGGUGCUGCAGGAAACCUCAGUUGAAGAUUAUUUAUGACCUAGAAAAGGGACGUUAUAUAACUACGCGAGUUGGUAGAUAAUGUUUGAUAGUAGAUCAGAUCUUGGUUCUUGGUAUACAUUCAUGGCAGCAUGUUGUGAUUUUGACGAACCUAUUUAUCCUUUCUCACUUGAUGCCCGCGUGCGUCACACCAUCAAGGCCAUGCUAGUUGGGCUGAGAUUGUACAACAUUGGAUUUGGAUGCAACAUGUGGAGAUUGAGGAACUAGUGUAGAGUAGUAAGUUUCAUUUUGUGUCAUGCCACUCGCGAUACUGGUUACAGAUAACAACAGUACGGCAAGAAGUGGAGUAAGUCAGCCCCGAGAAUUGCCUUGUGGAAUUGGAUGCUGCAUCGUUCAACAGAAAACACCAUGUUAUGUGAUCUUUGUAAUUGUACCCAACUUUGUACCCAAAAAAUGACUCAACUGUUAUAUUUGCCAAUUGCUAAAGGCAAAGAGAAACACACUCAUUCCAACACAAUUAUUCUUAUUGGUUAAAUUUAAAUGGGUCUCACUAAAUCUUGCAAGUCCCAUAUAUGGGAUUCAUAAAUUUCAACCAAUAUAAGUGUAUGUGCUGAAAAGAUUGUGGCAGUGAA